GCCCCGAGCGAGCCGAGCGGGCGUGACUGAGGUACAAAAUAAAAUUAGAAACCAGUUGUGACUGAAACUCCGUGCUAUGAGUGCGACUCCAAAGUGCACAGAAGGACUCAAGAUGGGUUUUUUGUUUAUUUUCUGUUUCUGCUAAUUUCAUCUUGUCGUUUAGACCAUGUUUAUCUGUUCUUGGUAAGGUGGUGAAAAAGACAAUAUCAAGAUGAGUAAAAAGCCUCCAAAUCGUCCUGGAAUCACAUUCGAGAUUGGUGCUCGUUUGGAGGCACUGGACUAUUUACAAAAAUGGUAUCCAUCUCGGAUUGAGAAGAUAGAUUAUGAAGAGGGGAAGAUGUUGGUGCAUUUUGAGCGCUGGAGCCAUCGCUACGAUGAGUGGAUUUACUGGGACAGCAACAGGUUGCGACCUUUGGAGCGACCAGCGUUAAGGAAAGAGGGGCUGAAGGAUGAUGAAGAAUUUGUUGAUUUUAAACCUGGAGAAGAAGUCCUAGCUCGUUGGACAGACUGUCGAUAUUACCCUGCAAAGAUUGAAGCAAUUAAUAAAGAGGGAACAUUCACAGUGCAAUUCUAUGAUGGUGUCAUUCGAUGUCUUAAAAGAAUGCAUAUCAAAUCUAUGCCAGAGGAUGCAAAAGGGCAGGCGCGCGAGAGGGAGCAGAUAGCGCCGGAGCUGAGAUUAGUGACGGAAAUCGAACCAAAAGAAGAUUGGAUAGCUUUGGUCAAAGCUGCUGCUGCAGCAGCAGCCAAGAACAAAGCAGGAAGUAAACCUAGAACCAGUGCAAACAGCAAUAAAGAUAAAGAGGACAGAAAAUGGCUAAAAGUCCCUUCAAAAAAGGAAGAAACUUCAACCUCUACAAUCAUGCAGGAAGUUCAAAAAAAGGAAGAGGAGCCUACAUCUAGUGACACAUUUGAAGUAGGAUUUCCUGUAGUGGAUGUUCCAAAGAUGGCCUUUGUGCAGGCAGAGAGCACGUUAUCACACAAGAGGAAAAGUAAUCUAGGCAACUCAUUUCAGGCAAAGAGAGCUCGCCUAAACAAGAUCACUGGUUUAUUGGCAUCCAAAGCUGUUGUUGCAGAUGGUGCUGAAAAAAAGGAAGGCAACAAAGAAUCAGCUCCAGUCCUGGAGCAGGAGAUUUCACCUAAACCACAAAGUCAGAAAAAAAAUGAAGCUGAUAUUAGCAGUUCUGCCAACAUUCAGAAACCUGCACUGUUAUCCUCAACUUUGUCUUCAGGAAAGGCUCGCAGCAAGAAAUGCAAACAAGAAUCUGGAGAUUCUUCCGGGUGUAUAAAGCCCCCUAAAUCACCACUUUCCCCAGAAUUAAUACAAGUCGAGGAUUUGACGCUGGUCUCUCAGCUUCCUUCUUCUGUGAUAAAUAAAACUAGUCCAUCACAGCCAGUGAAUUCCCCUAGAUCCUACAAACAUAGCCAACGGAGAAGAAGAUCACAGCGUUUAGCCACUUGCUCCUUGCCUGAUGAUUCUGUAGAAAAAGUUUCUUCUCCCUCUUCAGUUACUGAUGGAACAGUGUUCUCCAUCAGUGGUCAAAACCAUCAGUCAUCAAAAUUGGAGGUACCUGAUGUUGCUCAUGUGUCACUUGAGAAGCGUGGACCAUGUCUCCCUCUUGAUUUAAGCCGUAGUUCGGAAGUUACAGCACCAUUGUCGGCAGAAUCCACUUUCCGUAAUGAAUAUCCCAGUAAAGACAAGGAAGAUAUUCAGAUGAUUACUUAUCUUUCUUCCAAAGCAGUAACUGAUGGAAGAGUAGCUACAACAGCGUCAGCACCCUCGUCCCAUGUACAUUCCUUUCAUCUGGAAAUGCCUUUAACCAAUAGUCUCAAGUUACCCAAAGGGAAUACUAAAAAAAAGAGGUCUUCCACAUCAGUGAGCUCUCAAGGGACAGAGAUACAGUGCUCUGUGCCCAUAAAGGAGAAAUGUUUUGAGAGUCUGAAGGAGAAAAUAAUAAAGAACAUGAUUGAGAAGGACAAGCAUUCAGAAGUUGGUGCAGCUAGAAUGGAACGAAAAGGAAAACUGGAAGAGAAGAGUUCUUCAACAUAUGGUAAAAAGAAAGAAAAAGAAAAGGAGAAAAAGGAGAAGAAGGAAAGAGAUCAUAAACCAAAACAGAAAAAGAAGAAGAAAAAAAAGAAGAAAUCCAAACAGCAUGAUUAUUCGGAUUAUGAAGACAGUUCUGUUGAGUUCCUGGACAGGUGCUCCUCUCCCUUAACACGGUCCUCGGGCAGCUCUCUGACGUUGCGCAGUAUGUUCUCAGAGAAGAACACUUCAUACCAGUAUCCAAGAGCCAUCCUGUCCGUUGACCUUAGUGGAGAAAACCUUUCAGAUGUGGAGUUCUUGGAUGAUUCUUCCACAGAGAGUUUGUUACUUAGUGGUGACGAAUACAAUCAGGAUUUUGAUUCAACUAACUUUGAAGAGUCUCAGGAUGAAGAUGAUGCUCUCAAUGAAAUUGUUAGAUGCAUUUGUGAACUUGAUGAAGAAAAUGGUUUUAUGAUUCAGUGUGAAGAAUGCUUGUGUUGGCAGCACAGUGUAUGCAUGGGACUGUUGGAGGACAGCAUUCCAGAUCAGUACAUCUGUUACAUCUGCAGAGAUCCACCAGGACAGAGGUGGAGUGCCAAAUACCUCUAUGACAAAGACUGGCUAAACAAUGGACACAUGUGUGGAUUAUCAUUUUUGAAAGAGAACUACUCUCACCUUAAUGCCAAAAAGAUCGUGUCAACACAUCACCUACUGGCAGAUGUAUAUGGGGUAACUGAAAUACUACAUGGAUUGCAGCUGAAGAUUGGGAUACUGAAAAAUAAGCAUCACCCAGACCUUCAUCUCUGGGCUUAUUCAGGGAUGAGAAAAGAACAAGAACAAAGAACUGGUGGGGUAGAGAAAAAGUUAGUGACUUUGCAGGAUGCUGUUAAUCCAGCUGAAAGGACGUGUCAUAGUCAAAACCACAAAGAGCCACCCAGUAUACCCCAGAAGAUGGAAGAAACAUAUAUCACAAGUGAGCACAGUUACCAAAAACCACAGAGUUUUAGUCAUGACUACAAAGCAGUCACUGACCCUAUGAGCUCAGAUGAUGAAGACACCAGUAGCUUUGAGGAAGAUCAGGAAUAUCACACAGAGAAUAAAAACUGUUUACAAUAUUCUUUUAAAGAUGGUGGCAUGAAUGAGCAGAAUUCUGCUGAAGGAAACACUGUGUUUGUUUGUAAUGAAAGAAAAGGCUCAGAAGAACAAGUGGACACACAUCUUCAAUGGCAGCUAAAUCUCCUCACCCAUAUAGAGAAUGUACAGAAUGAAGUCACCAGCAGAAUGGACCUGAUUGAAAAAGAAGUUGAUGUUUUAGAAAGCUGGCUUGAUUUCACUGGAGAACUAGAACCACCAGAUCCUCUGGCAAGAUUGCCUCAGCUCAAGCGACGUAUCAAACAGCUCUUAAUCGACAUGGGAAAAGUACAGCAAAUAGCAACACUUUGCUCUGUAUGACAAAAGGAAGACUAAAGGAGUAAAAAUAGGUUCUUUACAGUGAAUUUUCUUAUUAGCCACAAGACUGACAGGAAGACAGCAAAAAGCUGAGCAUUUAUCUGGUUCUUUGCUGAUUACAUUAAUAGCCUGAAGCUUUAGAAAGAAGAGAGGAAGUUUAAAGUCAGGAAUCUGUUUUACUGAAAAUAUUAAUAUUCAAUGUCCAGGCUUCAAAAUUAUGUAUAAUAUACUGAGAAAUGACAGUUUCUCAGGAUUUUAACAUGUUAAACAAGUAAAUCCCCAGGUACAAGAAAAUUCAACAAACAAAAACUCUUCAAAGAGCAAUGCCACUGCUUUGAAACCCUUGGCAAACAUUUCUAAAUUAGCAGAAUUCAACUGACUAAAAAUGUAAUCCUCUUAUCUUGCUAGCGAAAGAUAGAUACAGAGAGAGCUGUAUCUUCUCUACAAGGAAGGUUUUUAGAUUAUUUCUUAACAAUGUUCAGGAAAGCAAAUUUACUAGCUUUGAUUUUUGAAAAAAAUUACUUGUCAUGGUCUCCCUUUAAAAAUAUAUUUUUAAAUAGAAACCUCUAGAACAGCACCCCUAGGCUCCUUUAAAACAGAAGUGGAAAAUAAUGGUCAGAUGUGCCAAAUAAUAUUAAAAUCACUGGGAUGAGAGUUUGAUUAUGACUUAGGCAAAGGUUUUUUCCAAAGUCCUACUUGGUGCCAGCAGUCCAUCCAAAAUUGUAUCUAGUUAUAUUUUUUUAUGUUCUAUAGCAGUGUUCAGGAAUCAAGGUACAAUUUUUGUCCUGGAUAGCUCUUUUCUCAUGUUGGCCUUGUGAAAACUUCACUGUCCUCAGUGGGGAUGAGGAAUGACAAGAGCAGCACAACUGUCUGUGGCUGAGGAAAUUCUAAACCAUUAGAGGAAAAAUCAGAAGAUACCUUAUUAAAGUUGUUAGUAUAAAAUUUUUCAGCUUCAGUGAAUGAAAUGUCAUGAAACCAAAGGCAACCUACUUGCUCUGUUAGCUCAUGCUGGAUUUUGAGCCCAGGACUUUUCCUGUGCUGAUAAGUUGCCGCUGUACCCCGUGCUACGUCGGUGUCAGUGUGUGUAUGUAUAUGUGUGUAGCUACACGUACAUAUAUACAUACCAUACACAUUUCUAACUACACAUGUCUACUUUUAUUACCAUAGACUACAAGAACUGGUGGUUCAUAAUACCUUUUAACAAGCAGUUUCUAAAAUUGAAAAUAAUGUAUGUACAGGUUUUGAAAUUUGUAAAAUAUGACUGUUAAAAGGAGGCUAUUUAACAGAGGACAUUAAGAUACUUGAACAUUUUAUGCCUCAUAUCUGUUUAUCUGUUCUAGUUAUCUGUAUAAAAGCAUUUUAGAGCCGAUAGACAGGAAACUUGAAUUUACCUUUUGAUAAGAGUACAAGCCACUGUACAUUCAAAAAUUAUUUAAAUUUGCAAACACACUGUUCUAUAUGUAAGGUACUGUAUGUAAAACUGUUUAUUAAAACUAUUCUGCAUACUCUACAUUUUCCACUUUUCUUCCUGAUCUACAUACAAAUGUAAAAAAUAAGUGAUUGUUAUUAUGUACAGAUCAUCAAAAAAUCUUGGAAUGCCUUUUAAGGAUGCAUACAACUGAAAAAAAUGUGCCAAAGAUGGAUUAUCUGGGAAAGACCUUGCAACCAGUGCAUUGAACUUUCAUGAUAAAACCAUUAUUGAGAAAGAAAGCAGCGUGGCUGGUUCAUUGCUAAAGUAAACCUACCCUGACCUUUCCUCUCUGUCUGUCGUACCUGAAGUGAGUUAUCACUCCUGAUGGCCAAAGCAAAAUGUAAACCCCUGUUACAGAGUGGUUGCGAUUUAAAAAGUCUUCCCACAUCAAGCUUGUAGGAGACAUCACAGAGCUGCGCAAUAACAUGGAAUUAUGAAAUGGCUAGCAACUCCAUAAUGCAGAAAGAAUGUUAGAGCUGUGGAGUUGUCGAAUUUGAUAGCAACUGUUAAUAAAUAUUCUGUGUUCUAUAGUUGAUGCCUAAAUAACUGCUUCAAACAUGAAUAGCUGAGUGACCUACUUGCUUUUGGAUAUGUGAGACAUUUUUAUAGACUAUUCACUUGCUGCAUAUCCUCGAAUGUGGUACUGUGUGUACUAUAUAAGAGAAAUGUAAAUCAAAUUAAUUACUUUGAAACAAAGUGGAGUGUAUUUACAGAAUUUAUACAGCAUACACUGUAGCAAUAUUAUGCAAUGUGUGUGCAUGUGUGUGAUGUAAUAUAAUUGUAAAUGUUACUGAAGGUGAAGGUGGACUUGGAAAGUUCAGGUGGGAAGGCAGAGGUUUUAUUCUUACUACAGAGAUGGAGGAAUGGUAUCCUGAAAAGGAAAUCCUAAGGUCGGAGUUGAAGUUGCCCUUGCAGCUUUAAUGUGUCUUCUGUGUAUAUGUAAUGGCCUCUUAAUUUACACAAAUAUGUAAUUUUACCCCUCAAGAUCCUGCCGUAUUCAGGAUGGACUGUGCUUACAAAAACAAUCUGUUCAGUAUUUUUUUUUUUAUGUUCAUUGUGUAGUCAUGUAUUAUGAAAAUUCCUGCAAGCAUUCAUAUCUUCUAAGAAAUACAAUCUCUGUGUCCAUGCGGACCAUACUAUGUAUGAUACAUCGUGUACUGCUCAAAUGUUUCACAAACUUGUCUGAGAUUGCUUUCUCAAGUCAUGGUGCUGGUCUGUAAACAUGUGGACAUUAGUUUCUGACCCCAGUUUCUCAAGUACUCAAAGAUUUGAGAUGCUUUUGAGAUUUUUCUUUUAAACACAAGUCAAGUGCCAUAAAAAUACUAAGUGUUUUGCACAGAAUGUAACCUACAGUUGAUUGCUUUGCUCGUGCGCUAGUCAACCCCAGUGUGAUCUGGCUCUUACCAGAAUUUCUUCCUAGUUGGCCUUAUCAAGAGAAUCUUAUUCCUGUAGGCAUAAUUCUCCUUCUGUCUUCCUGCUUCCUCUCUAAAUAAGCCAGGGAUGUACACUGAGUCUAUCUGCAACAUCACUUAUUGGGGUGUGAAUUGUGACUGCAUUGUUUGAUGGAGGGGAUGGGCCCUCUCUGAGGAAAAAAUAGUAUAUGGCAAUGUAAGGACUGUUUGAUCUGUGUGCAUAGAAAGGCAAAAUGUUUAAAUUUCCAGCCUUCUUUCACUGAAUAAGCGUUCUAAAUAGUAACAAAAAAAGGGAAAUGUCAUUUUACAGAAGCCUCUUGUGGUUUCACAGAGCUAAAUGGCAAACUUUUGGAGCCUUUGAAUACCUAGCUUUUUGUCUGAGGUUUAGUUAGGGGUUUGUUCGUUUGUUUUUAAUAGAGGUAUCAGGGUGAUUGCAUUUCAAAGCCUGUUCCUACUUGUAACCAUACUGAAGGCAUCUACAACAGGAAUUCUGAAGUCUUUCAGUUGCAGUGAUGGCAGGCCAGCAGUACUGCAGUCAAAUGAAAACCCCAUGUUGGUGCUGUGGUCUGGUAUGACGUGAUGGGGCUGCCAUGUUCUGGCUACAAAAUGGACACGCUUCAGGUCAUAUUACAGGGAAUGGGUUGGAAAGUGCUUCCUGUUAACCUUUCUCUUGGAUAACUGUAGGUUGAAUAGUGCCCAUAUUUUUGAUAUUCUGGCCUUAGAUGCAAAGAUCUUUGUUCAGUUGUGGAGUGGUUUACAGUGGUAGAAGCCUGUCACUUUCAUUCAAAUAGACAAAGAAGAUGGGUUGCAAUUUUCUGAUAGAUUUCCUGUAUUUGCUGAUUGGCAAAGAGUUGAACCUGUUUGUCCAUGGGUACAGUUAUCUUGUAUGGGUGACAGCCCCUGUCUCUUAAUUUUGUCUCUGAGCUUCUACAUGUGCUCAUCUGUUCAUUCUACAGCUUGCAUCUGUUCCUCUUUUUGUUCUUCAGCUUUCUGCACUCUGGCUUCUGAGGUGCCUGGAGGGUGCCACUCCUCUGUUCUCAUGCCCAGUUCUUCCUGACUGCUGUGGGAAGCAGUCAUGGGCAAAGGCCUCUUUGGCUCUUCUGUCCACAGCCUCCAGAGCGUCCUGGGACUUGUGUACAAGUUGGAGUGUGUGCACCAUAAUCAAAAUCUCCAGGUGUUUUUGAUACCUUUCUUAAGCAAGCCUCUUCUGUCUUGUGCAAUUGGUGAUCUUCCUCUACUCCCCUCUGGCUUCUAACCUAACCAGACUUGAAUUAAUAUUACAGCAAAACCCCUCUGGCACUGUUGGGCUCCAGCACUUCUUACCGAACUCAGGGUUGGGAUGCAAAGGAGUCAUUCAAACAUUACAGUAAAAUUAUAAAAGUGUCUGAUAUUGUAAACCACACUAUUUUUCCUUUGUAUUUGAAGGGAAGCUAUAACCAUUUUUCUUCACUGGAACUUUAAAAGGCACAAAACAGAUCCUGAACUGAACUGGAGCUUGGUGUAAAAAUCAACAAGUGGAGGAUGGGCAGGACUCUGCGGGCAGGGGUUCACAGCCACAAGAGCAGUCAGUCUGUCCCAGCUGCCAUGCCCCAUUAGUAGCUCUGUGGAGGUGCUGAUGUGAAAGGGCGUGUGUGCAAUGAUGCCAUUCAUUUGCAAGCAGGAUUGUUUAGAACACUGGAAUUAUAGGUUUUUGCUCUACUGCUUAAAAAUGUUUCAGUAUAUGCACCUUAAUUCUGAAGUGCUUAUUAAAAUCAGAGGCUUAAUCACUUUUGAAAUGCCCAUUGCUAUUCUCACAAUUUAUUAGCUCACGAUUUUUUUCUGUUGUACUGAUUGCAUAUGGCUUUAGGUGAGGAUUUUGCAGAGGCUGUUUGAAAUGCUUCAGUAAUGGUUUCUCUUAUACUUUGUUAUGUCCUGGGCACUGGGUGUGGGGGUCUGUCUUUAGCAAUAAAUAUUAUACACUAUGUGUAUAUCUGUUUGUGUAUGGAAAAUAAAUACAGAGCAUGUAACAAUGGUGAAAAUACACUGCACCGAGUGCAGAUUGUGCAUUUGGCAGCCAUUCUGCACCAGCCUGAACAACCCAAAUGAAUAAUUGGAGACCACAUGGAGAAAAUGAACUAGCAUGGAAAGUCAUUCAGGACAGAAGUUCCCUUCCUUUAUUCUGUGGGCUGGAUAACUAAAGCUAGUUCAAUUGCUGUUUGCUUCAAACAGCUGUCUUCCUUUCCUGAAAACUGGCCGCCAAGCCUCCUGUGUUCAGCUGUAGCCACGUGUGUCAGUGUAUUGUCACUAAACAUUCUGAGAGAGGCAGCACUGCACUAUGAUUAAAUCUUCUAUGAGAGAAGCAAAAUACUUCCUUCUGUGAUUUGUUUUUUUAAUAGCAAUAAUGUUGACUGCAUUCUAAUACUCACAAUAAAGGUCUGUUGAGAUUGUUA